GAACUCACCCCACGAGGCCGACAUACUCUUCGUCAACCCAAGUCCAAACUCAAGGUUCCACGAAAGAAACACCGCACCAUGUCUACCUCUUCGGGCACCCCCGAGUCGUGGAUCUCAUCCUUCUGCUCUCUCCUUGGUCAUGAGUACUUCGCGGAGAUCUCUGAGGACUUUAUCGAGGAUGACUUCAACCUGACCGGGCUCCAAGGUCAAGUCUCCAUGUACAAGGAGGCACUGGAGAUGAUCCUCGAUGUCGAGCCUGAAGAAGAUGAAGACGAGGAGGAAGAUGAGGAGGAGGAGGAUGGUGACGAUUCUGUCGAAGGGGAGGAGCGCGCAAGCCGCAGAGGUGCUGUAGAUCGACGACACCACCGCAUGGCCUCCGAUCUCUCGAUUAUCGAAUCCUCCGCCGAAAUGCUCUAUGGUCUUAUCCAUCAACGCUUCAUCUGCUCUCGCGUCGGAAUCCAACAAAUGUCUGAGAAGUACGAAGCUGGUCAUUUUGGCGUCUGCCCCCGAUACUACUGCAACGGCGUUCGCUCUCUACCUGUUGGCCUCUCUGACGUCCCUGGCGAAGACACUGUCAAGCUUUACUGCCCCGCCUGCAUGGAUGUCUACGUUCCACCCAACUCGCGCUUCCAAACCGUUGAUGGUGCUUUCUUCGGCCGCACAUUCGGCGCUCUCUUCCUCCUUACCUUCCCCGACUACGAUCUCGCCAAGAAGGGUCAUGAGACUAUCCGAAAUCCCGAUUUUCCCAGUCCUAGACCUGUCCAAUUGAACGCCCCUGACGGGGAAGAGAAGGAGAACAUUAACGGCAUGAACGCAUCCAACCUUGCUCCCGGUCUCGGCAAAGGCAGCAUGUACGAGCCUAAGAUCUACGGAUUCAAGGUCUCUGAGCGUGCACGCAGUGGUCCAAGAAUGGGUUGGUUGAGAGAUAAGCCCUCCGAUGUCAACGAAUUGGACGAAGCUCGCCGAUGGGCUGCCGAACAUCCUGAUACCAGUGACGAAGAGGGUGCUUCCACGAAUGCCCGCCCACCUCGCCCUCCCCGACGUAUCCGACGACCUAAUAACGGAAGUCCAAUGUCGGUCGAGGCUAACGGUCAAGGACUCUGAGUUUCAGCUGCUUUCAAAAAUUGACAUUGCGGGCGUUUCUAAGGCUGGGAUAACAAGGAGCGCGUUUAGAACUGGACUCAUGUUGUUUAUGGAAGCGAUUGCAUAUGGGUGGACACGCGUGGAAUACCUACUUCUUGAUGAUGCUUGCACGAUAAUUGAGAGCUCGACAGUAACCUUUGCUAUGGUUAGUUGAGCUUACGGAAAUGAUACCAAAAUGCUUUGCGAGA